AUGGGCUGCGUCACAGAGCGCAUCUGCACGCGGUUCACGGGGUUGCCCUCGACAGACAUGCGACGACCCGAGCCGCGGCCAGCGAGGUUUGCUGCGGACGAGACGUCAGAGUCGCUUGCGGGCUCCUGGUCGUUGGAGGACCACGAGGAGCGGUCGGGGACUGCGAAGAACUGGGGACGCGGCGGGGAGAGCGGCGGACCGUCCACGAUAUCGCGCUCGUCGGCUGAGUCGCGACGGCGAUGGCGCGCAGCUGAGCCGGCGCGUGCUCGAACGAAGGACUGGGCGAUGGGCCCGGGCUGGGGGGACACGGCAGGAGACGUGAGGUGGGCGUCCUCGUCGGAGGACGAGGGGGUGUUGCUGUUGGCGGCGCCGACACGGGCGGUGACGAAGGACGGCGAGGUGGCGGGGACUGCGCGGUAG